AUGGCUCUCUACAUUGAUCACCUUAUUGAAGCCCCCUGUUCCACUGGCUCAUUUUCCCACAUGGCCUGGCAUCCCAUCCACCCCUUCCUGGCAGUGGCUGCCCUCAGCCCCACCACAGGGGGCAGUGUAGACAUUUAUCUAGAGCAGGGUGAGUGCGUGCCAGACACACACAUGGAGCGGUCCUGCCAAGUGACAUCCCUGUGCUGGCACCCAACGCGGCUGGUUCUGGCCGUUGGCUGGGAGACGGGGGAAGUGGUCCUAUUUAACAAGCAGGACAAGGAGCAACACGCCGUGCCCCCGACGCACACAGCAGAGGUCACUAUCCUCACCUGGAGCACCAGCGGGUACUUCCUGGUGUCCGGGGACAAGCUCGGUGCCCUGCUGUUAUGGAGGUUGGACCAGAGAGGCCGAGUUCAAGGGACACCCUUGCUGAAACACGAGUACAGAAAGCACCUGACGCACUGCAUCUUUCGGCUGCCUCCACCUGGCGAGGACCUGGUGCAGUUGGCCAAAGCUGCUGUGAGUGGUGACGAGAAGGCGCUGGACAUGUUCAACUGGAGGAAGAGUGGCUUCGGGAGCUUCCUGAAGAUGGGCCCUCAGGAGGGACUGUCCUUCUUUGUCAGCUUGAUAGAUGGGACUGUGCACUAUGUGGAUGAGAAGGGCAAGACGGCCCGAGUGGCAUCCAUGGACAGCCCCGUGCAAUCACUCUUCUACAUCGAGAAGCGAGAGGCGCUGUUGGUGGUGACAGAGACCCUGGUUCUCUCCCUGUACACAGUGACACCCGAGGGUGAAGCCAAAGAACUCAUAAAGGUCAAGCUCAGUGGGAAGACAGGCUGCCAGGCGGAUGUUGCCCUGAUCGAGGGCAGCCUGCUGGUGACAGCCAUUGGUGAGGCUGUGCUCAGAUUUUGGGACUCGGAACAAGGCGAGAACUAUGUGCUGAGUCCAGAUGUGAAGUUUGGCUUUGAGAAUGGAGAGAAUAUUAACUGUGUCUCCUACUGCAGAGGCAAAGGUCUUCUGGCAGCUGGCACUGACAGAGGGCGCGUCAGCAUGUGGCGAAAAGCACCAGGUCCCCCAAGCAGCCUCAGGGCAGAGGGGAAGGACAGGUGGGCUCUGCAGACUCCGACUGAACUGAAGGGGAACAUCAAACAGAUUAAGUGGGGGUCCCGGAAGAGCCUGCUGGCGGUGAACAACAUCAACGCAGUGGUCAUCCUGAGUGAGCAGGCCAUGGCUGCGCACUUCUACCAGCAGGUGGCAGCAGUGCAGCUGUCCUCCAGCGUGCUGCAUGUGGACUUCCUGGCGUCCAGUACCACCUACAGCCUGCGCACCGACGUGCAUAUCAGUGGAGUCUUCGCCACAAAGGAUGCAGUGGCCGUCUGGAAUGGGAAGCAGGUGGUAAUCUUUGAGCCUUCAGGAACCUCACUGCGCACCGCAGGCACCUUCUUGUGUGAGUCCCCAGUGCUGGCCAUGCACGAGGACAGCGUGUACACGGUGGAGCCAAACCGGGUCCAAGUGAGGACGUGGCAGGGGACAGUUAAGCAGCUGCUGCUCUUCUCGGAGGCUGAGGGCAGCCCCUGCCUCCUGGACAUCUGCGGGAGCUUUCUGGUGGUCGGGACAGACUUGGCACACUUCAAGAGCUUUGAUCUUUCCCGAAGAGAAGCCAAAGUCCACUGCAACUGCAAAAAUCUGGCAGAGCUGGUUCCUGACGUCGGAGCAAUCUCCUCUCUACGCUGCAAUGCCAACGGGAGCAAGAUCACCCUACUCCUUGUCAAGCCUGAUAGCAGCCCUGACUCCAGGAUCUGUUUCUAUGAUGUGGAAAUGGACACGAUGACCAUCUUGGACCUCUGCACUGGGCAGAUUGACCAGAGAGAAUCGCUCUCCUUCACCAGGCAGGAGACCAGGAGGAGCAGCAUCUUUGCAGACGAGAGCCUGGUGAACCAUGUCCCGGUGAGUCACUUCUGGGACCAGACUGAGCCCCGGCUGUUCGUGUGUGAGGCUGUCCCCGAGGGAUCCAGGAGCCAGCCCAUAGGGCAGAGUGGACGGAAACAGUGCCCUCUUCUGUCCCCGCAGGCAGAUGUCUUGGUGCUGUCUUUCUUCGUGUCUGAGGAGCACGGCAUCCUGUUCCAGGACAGCUUCCCUCGGCCCGCUGCCUUCCAGGCACUGCUGGGCAUCCAAGUGCCCCACUACUACUUCUCCAAAAAGCCUGGGGAAGCAGACAAAGAAGACCAUGGGGACACCGGGCAGUACCAACCCCCACAGAUGGUGGGCAGAAAGCCCCUCCGGGAUUUCGUGGGACUGGAGGACUGUGACCGGCCCACUCGGGAUGCCAUGCUCAACUUCAGUUUCUUUGUCGCCAUUGGGGACAUGGAUGAGGCCUUCAAGUCCAUCAAGCUCAUCAAGAGUGAGGCCGUUUGGGAAAACAUGGCACGCAUGUGUGUGAAGACGCAGCGCCUGGACGUGGCCCGAGUGUGCCUGGGGAACAUGGGCCACGCCCGGGGUGCUCACGCCCUGCGGCAGGCUGAGCAGGAGCCCGAGCGGGAGGCCCACGUGGCCGCACUGGCCGUGCAACUGGGCAUGCUGGAGGACGCCGAACGGUUGUACAAGAAGUGCAGGCGUUACGACCUCCUAAACAAGUUCUACCAAGCUUCGGGCCAGUGGCAGAAAGCGGUGGAGGUGGCCGAACGGCAUGACCGCGUCCAUCUGCGCACUACCUACUACAAUUAUGCCAAGCACCUGGAGGCCAGUGCCAACUGCAGCCUGGCCCUCAGCUAUUACGAAAAGUCAGACACACACCGAUUCGAGGCACCCCGGAUGCUGGCGGAGGACCUGCAUUCUCUGGAGCGCUACAUCAACAGGAUGAGGGACAAGACCCUGUGGCUCUGGUGGGCUCAGUACCUGGAGAGCCAGGGGGAGAUGGAGGCGGCGCUGCACUACUAUGAGCUGGCGCAGGAUUACUUCUCGCUGGUCCGCAUCCACUGCUUCCAGGGCAACACGCAAAAGGCGGCUGAGAUCGCCAACGAGACCGGCAAUUUGGCGGCGUCCUACCACCUGGCGCGGCAGUAUGAGAGCCAGGACGAGGUGCGGCAGGCGGUGCACUUCUACACGCGCGCGCAGGCCUUCAACAACGCCAUCCGCCUCUGCAAGGAGAACGGCCUGGAUGACCAGCUCAUGAACCUGGCCCUUCUGAGCUCCCCAGAGGACAUGAUUGAGGCGGCCCGGUACUACGAGGAGAAGGGGGACCAGAUGGACCGGGCAGUCAUGCUGUACCACAAGGCCGGCCACUUCUCCAAGGCCCUGGAGCUGGCUUUUGCCACGCAGCAGUUUGUGGCCCUGCAGCUCAUCGCAGAGGACCUGGACGAGAAGUCGGACCCCGCGCUGCUGGCCCGCUGCUCAGACUUCUUCAAUGAGCACAAUCAGUACGAAAAGGCCGUGGAGCUGCUCCUGGCCGCCAAAAAGUACCAUGAGGCCCUGCAGCUGUGCCUGGAACAGAACAUGACCAUCACCGAUGAGAUGGCCGAGAAGAUGACCGUGUCCAAGGACUCCAAGGACCUGUCAGAGGAGGAGCGGCGGGAGCUGCUGGAACAGAUUGCCAUCUGCUGCAUGCGCCAGGGGAACUACCAUCUGGCCGCCAAGAAGUACACGCAGGCCGGCAGCAAACUCAAGGCCAUGAGGGCACUGCUCAAGUCCGGGGACACCGAGAAGAUCGUGUUCUUUGCGGGUGUAUCCCGGCAGAAGGAGCUCUACAUCAUGGCGGCCAACUACCUGCAGUCACUGGACUGGCGGAAGGAGCCAGAGAUCAUGAAGAACAUCAUCAGCUUCUAUACCAAGGGCCGUGCCCUGGACCUGCUGGCUGGCUUCUACGAUGCCUGUGCCCAGGUGGAGAUAGACGAGUACCAGAACUAUGACAAGGCCCAUGGGGCGCUGAUCGAGGCCUAUAAGUGCCUGUCCAAGGCGAAGGCCAAGAACCCCCUGGAUCAGGAGGCCCAGCUGGCCCAGCUGCAGAAUAAGAUGACUUUGGUGAAGAGAUUCACCCAGGCCCGCAGGACGUACAGAGAGGACCCCAAGGAGGCUGUGCGGCAGUGCGAGCUGCUGCUGGAGGAGCCGGGCCUAGACAGUGCCAUCCGCGUGGGGGAUGUCUAUGGCUUCCUGGUGGAGCACUUCCUGCAGCUGGAGGAGCAUCAGACGGCCUACAAGUACCUAGAGGAGAUGCGGAAGAGACUCCCAGCAGCCAACAUGUCCUACUACGUGAGGCAGUGCACCGUGGACGCCAUAAACCAGGGCCUGGGCAUCCCUCUGACACAUCUGGGGCCCGAGUGUGUCCGCCACAACAGCGCUAAGGACAUCAGGGACGGUGCUGAGGACAUACUAGAGGAGGUGGACGAGCCCUGA